AUGGUCCUCGUCGCAUACUCUGAUUCUGAAGCCUCCGACUCUGAGCAAGAAAACACCACCCCGGCCGCCCGAACGUCAGCUACCAAGGCCACUCCAACCUUCUCAAACACACCCUCAGCCUCCGCCCCAAAAGUCACACCCAUCGUCGACAAGUCAAACCCCCGCAAAAUUCGAGUCGCCCUGCCAGAGAUCAGACCCGAAAGUGAGGAAGGGGAAGAAGAUGGCCCCGCGCGUAAGAAGCUCAGAAUCGGAGGAGGCGGCGCCGGCGCGUUCGCGGGCUUCAAUUCAUUACUACCUGCGCCCAAACGACCUAAUGCGAAGGUGGAAACAGAUAAAUUAGCCGGCAGCAGACCCACGCGUAAGGUGUUUAGCUUGAAGACCGGGGCUGCGCCGGGUUUUGAUCGCGAGGCCGAUGAGGAGAUGAGGAGAGAUAUGGCGUUUGAGAAUUUGGGAAUGGGCGGUGAUGACGGUAAUCAGGAUGAGACAAUCCCCAAGGCGGCGAGUUUGAGGGGAAAUGAGGACAUUGAGGCGAGGAAUGCCGUGGAGGAGAAACCCCAGGAAGUGGUCCUGAAGGGGAACCCAAUGAUGUUCAAACCGCUGUCCGUGGCGCGAGCAGGGCAGAAGAAAAAGAAGCCGAUUAUUCCGACGCCGUUAGCAUCGUCUAAGCCAAGAACAUCAGCAGAAAAGACAAUGAAUGAGCCAGAAGUACAGCCAGAGGUACAGACGCAGAAACCCGCCGCGCCUCCAGCCCCGAAACCCAAGGUUAGCCUUUUCUCUCUUUCGGCUCCGACAGAAGAAACGGCUGCGUCGGAUGCACCAACCUCAGCGCAUGGCUCAACCUAUGAACCCUUGGUUUACACCACAAAUGAGGACUCGCCUACAGCAGGCCCUCAAGUCCCACAAACCGAAUCCGUCCCUGCCGCCUCAACGCGACCGCCUCCCUCAGCUCAGACCUUGGAUUACAUCGCAGAUGAUUUGAACCUCUCCCGCUCACAGCGUCGCCAGUUGUUCGGCCGCAACGCAGACCCUUCCAGUUCAAAGAUUCUGCACUUCAAUACAGAUGCAGAGUAUGCUGCUAACCAGGAGAUGGCACAUAAGGAACUCGCCGCGGCGCAGCAUAAUCCUGUCCGGGCUAUUGCUCCUGGUAAGCACACGCUGCAACAGCUGGUCAAUGCUGCAAGCACGCAGAAGGAAGCUUUGGAGGAGAGUUUUGCUUCUGGGAAGCGGAACAAGAAAGAAGCGGGUGCGAAAUACGGUUGGUAG